UUCUACUACGCCGAAGAAAACAUAAACGGAGCGACCGUCCUAAAUAUUUCGUUCCGGGAACAGGCGUUGGCUCUUAAACUGUCUCCAAGUGGAAAAGUGUGGCUAGUCUCAUCGACAAGUGUGGCCCAGUCUAUUCAUGGAACGAUGCUGCCGAGAGUUUGGUAUCACCUUUGUUUGGAAAUUUCACAAAAUCCUCGAAUGAUUCUCAAUGCAGAUUUUCAUGAACUCGAAGAAGUGGAUAGCAAAGAAGUGAAGCAAGUAAAUAAGAAAGCAGCAGCCAGUUUAGCAGAUGGCGCUGUGCUUCGGGUUGGCGAUACAGACGCCGUAGUUGCUCUUCACUUUACCUUACCAACGCUGUACCUCAAGGCGCUUGCGCCGGACGAGGUGCGCGACAUGGUGUGGUGCACGGCCGGCACUGCAGAUGCCGUGAAGCUCGACUUUUGGGUCGUGAGUGACGGAAGCUUCUUGCAUGAAGCCCUGCGUGUCCCUGCAGCUCCAGGAUCAGCUCAUGAUAAGCCUGCAGCUCCAUAUUUCUUGUGCCCUCCAAAACCCGAGACGAAGUUCUUGGUACGAGGGAGAGUUACCCGCUACACCCAAGCUCUUCAACUCUGCUCCGCCAUCGGCAGCGAACUCCCAUCACCAGCUGCAGUCCAACUCUUCGAUCUCGCAUCUUCAAAUAUUUUCACGACUGAGGUCCCCGCAUUGGAGUUUUGGGGGCAGAAUCAUUCAUGCAUUAAGCAGAGCUUCAACGUAACAAUGGGAACCCUGGCAGUAACUACAGAGUGCAUCAAGAAGUCUGUGCCCUUCCUCGUGUGCUCGUUCUCAUCGAACACUUCCCUGGUCCUGAAAACCCCGACGGAGUCAAAGACUGUGUUCAUGGACUGGUCUCCAGAAGGAGUUACUCAAUGCACGUCCACGAGCGAUUGUUCCUUCAUGAAUGGCAGGGAGCUUUGGAAUUCCCGAAAUGAAAAGUACUUGAGACAAGAAACAUCCGACGAGCUCCUCUUGCCCGGAAGAUUCUUUAGUCAGAACAUAAACGACAGUUCAUCCUCGUUACUGUUGACUACAUGCCAAAAGGAAGAAUUUACAUGCGAUGAUGGACAAUGUGUCAAGUUAUUGCAAGCUUGUGACGACCGCAGCGACUGCGCGGAUGGCAGCGAUGAGUCGUUGGUCCGCUGCGCCAUAUCGAGGACCUUCAGGGGCGGACACCCCAACAACUCUUCUCGACCGCCCCGGCGCCAGACAGAACUGUCGCUUCAUGUUAAACGCUUCAACAUCGUCAGCAUUGAUGAGGCUGCAAUGGUCGUCACCGUUUCCAUGAGCAUUUUCACUCGGUGGAGAGACGACCGAUUCGUAUUUCGAAUGCUACGACCAGACUACAGCGAUAACGAACUAACAGAAGAGGACGGUGUUUACUGGCAGCCCGUUUAUGAACUCGUCGGAGCCAAGUUAGCUCAUGCGAAAGCCUACAGCGAAGGAACUAUCAGCCACAAGAAUCUCUUUGCAGUAAAUGACGGGCAACCCAACACGUCACUCGUUGCCAGCUAUGAGACUUUACUUUAUUCCGGAGAAAUGCUCCUCCAAGAGGAAUUUGAAGCUGACUUCGUGUGUCAGUUCGACACUCUGUUCCUGCCUUUUGGAUUGGACAUUUGCGAGUUUAAGCUCAUGAUACGCAAUGCAGGGACGGAAACUCCAGUCUUCAGUGGCAGCGUGCUGCUGGAAACAGAGUACCUGGGCGUGCUGCUGACCACCGGGUUGCCUGGCAUUGCCAUCUCCAUGAUCGGAGGCUGUACCCUCUUCUUCAAUCCUUACAAUUUCUCGUACGUGUAA